AUAGAUGAAAACUAACGAUAUUAAGGGACAAAUGUGGGCGUUUCAAGCAAUCUUCUCUUCUUCUUCAGCUGCAUAAAUUUCAUCAGAUUUGAAAAAUGGCGGACGGUGAAGAUAUUCAGCCACUUGUUUGUGAUAACGGGACUGGAAUGGUCAAGGCCGGUUUUGCAGGUGAUGAUGCUCCAAGAGCUGUGUUCCCGAGCAUCGUUGGUCGUCCGCGUCACACAGGAGUGAUGGUUGGAAUGGGACAAAAGGACGCUUACGUUGGAGACGAGGCACAGUCCAAACGUGGUAUCUUGACUCUCAAAUACCCGAUCGAGCAUGGAAUAGUAAACAAUUGGGAUGACAUGGAGAAGAUUUGGCAUCACACUUUCUACAACGAGCUGCGUGUUGCCCCUGAAGAACACCCGGUUCUGCUAACCGAAGCGCCUCUCAAUCCAAAGGCUAAUCGUGAGAAGAUGACACAGAUCAUGUUUGAAACAUUCAACACCCCUGCUAUGUAUGUCGCUAUUCAAGCUGUUCUCUCCCUCUAUGCCAGUGGGCGUACUACUGGUAUUGUGUUGGACUCUGGAGAUGGUGUGAGCCACACGGUUCCAAUUUACGAGGGUUAUGCUCUUCCACAUGCAAUCUUGCGUCUCGACCUUGCAGGUCGUGAUCUGACGGACUACCUCAUGAAAAUUCUGACAGAGCGUGGUUACUCCUUCACCACAACUGCUGAGCGUGAAAUCGUUAGAGACAUGAAGGAGAAGCUCUCUUACAUUGCCUUGGACUACGAGCAAGAGCUCGAGACUUCCAACACCAGCUCAUCUGUCGAAAAGAGCUUCGAGCUGCCAGAUGGGCAGGUGAUUACCAUCGGGGCAGAGCGUUUCCGAUGUCCUGAAGUCCUGUUCCAACCAUCGAUGAUUGGAAUGGAAAAUCCAGGAAUCCAUGAAACUACUUACAACUCAAUCAUGAAAUGUGAUGUCGACAUCAGGAAGGAUCUUUAUGGGAACAUUGUGCUCAGUGGUGGAACCACAAUGUUCGGCGGGAUUGGUGAUAGGAUGAGUAAAGAGAUCACUGCGUUGGCUCCAAGCAGUAUGAAGAUCAAAGUGGUGGCUCCACCGGAAAGGAAGUACAGUGUCUGGAUCGGUGGCUCUAUCUUGGCUUCCCUCAGUACUUUCCAGCAGAUGUGGAUUGCAAAGGCUGAGUAUGACGAAUCUGGACCGUCGAUUGUUCACAGAAAGUGCUUCUGAUCAAAUUCACCAAAGUGAUUAUCAUUUUUUUUUCACCCUAAAGCCAGUUUCCAUCAUUGCUUACCGGCCUUCUCUGUGUUUUCGGUUAUUCUUCUUCCUCAUUGUUUACUAUUAUUAUAUAAUCUUACUUUUGAAGUAAAUCAAGU